AGCCCAUAAGGAAAUAUCAUCAGCAUAGUGACGGAGGCGACGAAUCUCUCAUUCCGACGACUACCCGCCACCACUUCUUUCUCAUAUUCCCCAAAUCCCAUUUCAGAUUCUCCAUUGAUUUUUGGCUUCAACUUCGACACACUUCUCUCUACGCUGGCCUCUCUCUUCUCUCUUUCACUUUACUGCUCUCAAUUCGACGAAAAUUCACGCUGGAAACAUCGCCCUUCCUGCUCAAUCACCAUCACCAUCAACGCGAUAUGGUAUCCCCUGAAACCACCAAUUGGCUCUUUGAUUAUGCGUUAAUCGAUGAUAUUCCUGUUCCUGAUGAUGCCAAUUUCUCUGCACCUACUGCCGGUUUCUCUUGGUCCAUGCAACCCUUCAACGCCUCCUCCGAUGUCAGUGCGGAAAUUGAAGGAUCAUUGUUGGAAUCAGAUGGCCUGAAGGAGCCUGGUUCAAAGAAGAGGGUCAGAACUGAAUCAAGUUGUGCAUCUAGCUCAAAAGCAUGUAGGGAAAAGCUGCGAAGGGACAGAUUAAAUGACAAAUUUUUGGAAUUGGGUGCUACUCUGGAGCCUGGAAGGGCACUGAAGACCGACAAGGCUGCCAUUUUGAUUGAUGCUGUUCGAAUGGUCACUCAGUUACGCAGUGAAGCCCAGAUGUUGAAGGACUCAAAUACAAGCCUACUCGAGAAGAUUAAAGAUUUGAAGGCUGAGAAGAAUGAGCUUCGUGAUGAGAAGCAUAGGCUAAAACUGGAGAAGGAGAAGUUGGAGCAGCAACUAAAAGCCACGAAUUCACAACCUGGCUUCAUGCCUCCAGCCAUCCCUGCAACUUUUGCAGCACAAGGCCAAGCACCUGGAAACAAGUUGGUUCCAUUCAUUGGCUACCCAGGAGUUGCCAUGUGGCAGUUCAUGCCACCUGCAGCUGUUGACACCUCGCAAGAUCACGUACUUCGACCCCCUGUUGCAUAAUUAGGCAGCCAGAAAACUACCAGGGUGGUUUGGGAUUGCAUAUUUUGACCCAAACAUUUGUACUGAUUCUACCUUUGUUCUUGACACUUACUUCAAAACUUCGUAUUAACUGGUGGAUAAUAUGGUGGAAUCAUUGAUCUUGACUGUAUUUGCAACUUGUAGACUAUUUAUGGAAUCAAUGCUGGUUUUUACA